GAAGCGAAGCCUGCAACCUAAUGUGUGAGUUUCAGCGUUUACGUCACAACCUCCCGGUCGCGCGACCGGGUCAGAGUUCCAACUCCGAGGCUUCAGCCGCGACCGUUGCUCUCGAAGAUACUAUCGAUUGAUAGCGCCACGGCCCCCAACUUCAUUUCGCGUCCGGCGCAUCACACUAUCAGCUGUUCUGCUCCGACUCGGAGGCACCUGGUCGCUCGUCGCGUUUGCAAAGGAGCGAUGGCGAGCCCCGCCGGCGGCGAGGACAGCGUGUUGGGCGCCGUGGGGGACGUGGUGCAGCAGAUGGCCCAGGGGCUGGCGCGCAUGCAGGACGCCAUGCGCCAGCAGCACCAGGAGGCGCAGCGCCACUUCGAGGAGCGCCUGCAGGACACCUUCCGACAGCAGCUGCAGGAGGUGCACGUCCAGCACGAGGCGCGACUGCAGGAGGCUCUUCGCCUGCAAGAGCAAAAGCUGCAGGAGGACUUCCAGCAACACCUGCAAGCGGCACUUCACCAGCAGGAGGCGCGGUUCCUGGCUGCACUGAGAAGGGAGGGGAGAGUCGACGGGAGCGAGCUCAUGCACACGACCUCUGCAGGCGCCGCCGCGCAGCUGGAGGGGCUGGAGGCGCGCAUGCACAAGCUGGAGGAGUCGGUGGAGCGGGCGCUGGCGGACGUGGUGCCCCGCGUGGACGCCGUGCUCGUCCACCUGGAGAGGCAGCCUGCCGCAGCCGCCGCGCCCGACGCCGCGCCGCCGCAGCCGCAGCUGCAGCCGGCGCCGCCCGCCCACGAGGACGCCUACAGG